CUCCGAGUCGGAACUGAAGCGGCCAGUGGCACGAUGGCUUUGCGGCUUAAGCAGAGGAGCGGGGCUGCAGUUCAGAUCGUCCCCCAUGGCUUCAGCAGCAGCGAAUCAUCAGACGCUGGCGGUGAGAGCGAGUCCACAUGCAGUCAUACAGGCACGAGAGGGCUUCCUUGCGUGUGCUGAUCAUCCCAGUCGAUAUAUCUGCUGCAAGAGAGGAGUCUCUCUCGAGCUCGUCUUCGUCGGCAGCGCCAGAAGCACCAGAAGCUGACGCUCAUGAAGAAGAAGCCGCUGUCGAGGCCGGCGAGCGGCCCCAGGUCACGGUGCGCAUCGAGGGACAGCCGGCGGCGGGAGAGACUGCCGUACAAAUGCCGGUGGUGAAGAGGAGGGAGGAGCGGGAGGGGACGGGGGCGUCCUACCGGUCAGCGCUGUCCUCCACACUCGCUGGAGGCAUCAAGCUCGACCCCAAGAUCAAACAGGCCGUCAGAGCACUGAGUAAGCUGCUCGUUGUACUUGUGUGUAUCUACGGGGUUCAUGGAAAAUUGUCUGCUGGGCACAUUGUAUUACCUACCUUUUGCCGGCAGUGAAGCCGGGCGCCGUGAGGGACGAACACGAUCUGAUGUUGCUUGAGGAGGUGUUGGGGGAGAUACAGUUGCUGAGAGAGUCGAAGCUACCGCAGACAUCGUCAUUGAGAAAGGUAAGACCAGAGGAAGGACACUAAGAGCUCUCUUUUUCCAUGGCAUACAUGUGUCUGUCUCUAUCGAUUGUGUGCUGCCAGGAGUUUUUCCGUGCUUUGAAUGUCGAGAAGUACAAAGAAGGGGCCGUCAUUAUCAACCAGGUUUGUCCACCCAAGGAUUUAUGUAUGUAUGGAUCGGAACGGAGCCAAACACGUAUCUUGCUCGUACACUCACUUGUAGGGUGAAGUGGGCGACAUGGCGUACAUCAUACUGUCUGGGAUUGUGGGGGUGUACAAGAAGAUGAUCGGCCAGGGCACCAAGCGCGUGCAUACACAGGUGGGGGAGGGAGUGGAACAGGCAGGCAGGCGGGCCGCCUCUCCUCAUGUUUAGCGGUGGGAGGCGCAUGUCUCGCUGUGGUGUACAUAACAUAUAGGUAUUGUGUUGCAGUAUCCCAUGGACAUGUUCGGGACACUUGCUCUCAUGAAUGGUGCGCAGCGCAGCGCACAUGCGAUGCGUGUGCAGAGAGAGACAUGAAUUUUAAAGCAGGAUCGAAUCGACCACCCUUCCUUCCUUCCUUCCUUCCUUUUCUUUCGGCUGCAGAUGCGCCACGUGCCGCCAGCUGCAAGGCUCUGACAUAUCCCACAUAUGUAAGACUGACUGUACUGAUGCAUACGUACGUACACACACGUUCAAAUGGCGAUAGAUGUGUUUCUGGCGCGUGUGCCUGCAGGUGGCCACUCUCACCAAGGCGGAGUAUCAGAGAUUCGUCAAAGGUGCGGUGCGUCAGGCCAGCCAGGCCAUCUUGACACACAUGUAGUUGCUUUCUGUUCUUUACCAGUCGAGGGCAACAGGGAGCAGGUGGAGUUCCUCAAGGUUUGCGCACACAAUCAACAGUCUCCCUCUAUUGAUUCGCUGCCCCCCGCCCUCAAUAAUCAUUUGCAGGGCAUAUUGAGGAAUGUGACGUAUCAGGUGGUCAUCAACAUCUCAUUCGUGCUCAAGAAGAUCCGAGUCGGUCGGGGAGGCACCAUCACACUGGCUGGACAGGUAGGCACCGACAGACAAUGCAGAGGUCGCAUUCCGUCUAAUUCCUUUCCUUUCUCCAUGAGCAGGAGGCCACCCACAUGUACUUUCUCACCUCCGGCAUCUGCUGCGUGGUACAAACCGACAGACCCAUCAGUAAGAAACACGUAGGCACAACAAUGGCGCCAUCGGUCUGCUCUGCCCCCCAUUGACGGAUGCAGGCGCCGACAACAGAGAGUCCCGAGAGCGUCGCCGCUCCUCUUUUGUCCCCCGUGCCAGCUCCCACUCACACGUCGAUGUCGUGGAGGACAUAACAGCGGCAGGAAUGAUGAGCCCCAGCUCUCACCGCAAAUCGGACGCCCUCAGCUUGGCAACGGUGCCUUCUGGGACGCAGCUAGCGUCCUAUCGGUCGCAUGGCCAGAUGGUCGCAGCGAGCAGCAAGACAAGUGUGGUUGAGGGUGAGUUUGCGCCAGGCAUGCUCAACCGUGGCAAGGUUCUCAGUGUGCUGCACCCUGGGACCUACUUUGGCGACGAGGGAUUGUUCAGUCCUUCGGGGAGGUGGCGCCACACGAUUGUCGCGGCCACUCAUGUCGAAGUGCUGGCACUGGACAGGUACUCUGUGUGCAUGUGACCACCACACACGAUGGACACCCGUGGAUGCGAUGCAUGCGUGCAUCUGACUGACUGACAGGGAGAACUUCUACAAGCGCAUUCCAAAGUGGGUGGGACACCCACCAGCUCUCCACACACCAGAUCCAUCGCUCAACCGUCGGUGCGUGUGCGUGCAGGGGCCUAAUUCAUCAGAUGGAGGAUCGGUAUGAGCAGCGUCAAGAGUUCAGGAGGGCCCAGGAGGAGGGGCAGGCACCCGCCAGGGUGCCACCAGACGUCGUACGGCGGUUCGAUGAGGGUAGGUCAGGAGGAGCCGGCAUCCACUUAGUGAGCCACAACAUGAUCGACGAUCUUGCCGUGGUUUUACAGACGAGAGACGGCAUCUCCGACACGUCAAGUUUGGUGCGCAUAGACGGGAGCGCCUCAGAUGUGCUGUGCACUCACUUGCCUUUCUUUGUUCCUGCAGGCAAGUUCCCCCCGGUGCCCCAUCAAGCCAACACACAUGUAGGCAGCUCAGCUCACACCGGAGGAAGAAAAAGUGACCCGUCUUUCUCCCUUCAAUGGAUUGCAUCUCAUCUCAGGGUGUGUACAAUAUCGGCGAAAUGAAAAGGCAAGAAGGAAUGCUCAGGAGCAUGGCGCUCAUCCGAGCAGACACGAGCACACGUAUGGGUAUGGGUAUCUAUCUGUGCAGGGCGCGGGAGCUCAAGAUACCUAGAUGGUCUGAGAAUCCAAGGUAGGCUUACAGACAGACAGCCUGCUGAGACACGUACUAAACACACCCAUUAUGUGUGCGUGUCUCUCGCCGUCCUUCUUGUGCGCAGGUCUGCGUGGAUGAUCAGCUGCGACCUUUUCCUCAAGGUGUGCACGGCACGGACCCCUGCACUCACUCGACGCCGGUCCGGUGACGUCCACAUGAGAAUGUGCUUUCCUUUGCAGCAAACGCGAUCCCGCCGCUGCAAGAAGGACGACCUGCAGGCCUACUGCCUCGACGACAUGUGAGCAAUCACCAGCAUGCCGACGGACGGGACACUUCGCGGGAGAAGACGUGCCUGGCUGGCAUUCUCUGUUCCCUUCAGGUCGUUUCAGGUUGAGCCGAUUCAGAGUAUGAAGCGAACAUGGGCCGCCGACAGAAAGAAGAAGAGACAGCAGCGAGUCCAGGGCAUUCAUGUGGGAAAGGGAGCUUCCUGAGUGAUCAGUCGAUUGGCGCUUUCCUUGUAUUUUUCGUGGUGGAUCA